CCUUUCAAGCCUUGAACACGAUGAACGGUUCCUCCAACUCUGCAGAUGAGGAGGUUUUGGACGAAGCGACAGUGAUGCACAUUUUGCCCUUAGUGUACGGUGUCCUGUGUCUGACCGGAGUCGGGGCCAACAGUCUGGUCAUCUGCACAGUGCUGAGCUGUCGGACCAAAGGCAUCUCGGACAUCUAUAUCCUCAGUUUGGCCACAGCGGACCUGCUGUUCCUGGUGGGUAUGCCCUUCACCAUCCAUCAACUGGUGAGGCACAGGCACUGGGUCUUCGGGCAGGUCAUGUGCAAAAUAGUGACAGUCAUGGAUGUUAGCAACCAAUUCACUACAGUGGGCACUGUCACCACCUUAUGCAUAGACAGGUACAUUGCGAUAGUCCAUCCCGCCACAGAAAAGAGGACCAUCUGCGGGACAAUUCUAGUGAACACAUUUGUGUGGCUCGGGAGCUUGCUGCUGACAGUCCCAGUCAUGUUGUACUCCAAGACAAUCCAGGUGGAAGAUUUUGAAGUUUGUGUUGUGGACCUACCAUCGGGACCAAAGGAUAUGUAUUGGUAUACACUCUAUCAGUCAAUAUUGGGGUUCAUGAUCCCCCUAAUUAUUAUAAGCACUUUCUAUUCACUGACUCUCUUUCAUGUCUUUAAAUCUCUCAGAAGAGUAGGUAGAAGGCAAUCGGUACCGGCGAGGAGGGCAACCAAGACUGUUCUGAUGGUGAUAACUGUCUUCUUGGUGUGCUGGUCGCCUUUCCAUGUGAUGCAGGUGCUUAACCUAACUACCACAGUCCCAACCCCACUCUUUCUCUACUCCUACCACGUCAGUAUCUGUCUGAGCUACGCCCACAGCUGCAUCAACCCUCUUAUGCUGCUGUUCUUCACCAAGACUUUCCAGGAACGCUUUUCAGGAAAAUGUGGCUCAGUGGUGAAAGGUGAUGCCAGCUCCCGCCUCAGGCAGAUCACCACCAGAAUGGGGGGUGUCUCUGACAAUCAGGAGGUGGACUGCAAGAGUUCGGUUGUGUGA